UCGUUUGUGACUGCGGCGGUGCAGGCCGUCGGUCCUUCGGUCGUCCGCAUCGACACGGCGCUCCCUCUUUUGUCUCCCUCCGAGCGGCUGGUGGACCGGCCCGCGCUCGAGGGGUACCUUUUCCCCGACCGCGGCGGCGAGGGCGACGGGCAGCGGCGCGAGUCCGGGCAGGGCUCCGGCGUCAUCCUCAAACGCAAGACCCCUCCACAUUUGGAUCAGGCCCACGUGGUGAAGAAUGCGGCCAAGGUGACGGUCACACUCAUCGACGGGCGCACAUUCGACGGCCUGGUGAGGGGCACCGACGAGUUCAUGGACUUGGCCGCCAUCCGCAUCAAGCCGUCCGGGAAGCCGCUGCCGACCGCCCCGCUCGGGCGCUCGGACGAGCUGCAGGUCGGCGAUUGGGCGAUCGCCAUCGGCAACGCCGUCGGGCUCGACUCGACGGUCACGCUCGGCAUCAUCUCGUCGCUGUCUCGCUCCGCCGCCGAGGUUGGCAUCCCAAACAAGAAGGUCAACUUCAUACAGACCGACGCAGCGAUCAACCCGGGCAGCGUUGGCGGCCCGCUGCCCGCGCCUUCCUGCCCCCUCUUCACUGGCGCAAGGUUUGGUGAGGUGGUCGGCAUCAACACCGCGAUCCGCGCCAACGCCGCCGGCAUCGGUUUUGCCAUCCCCAUCGACACCGCCGAGAAGGCGACGGGGACGGAUCUCGGCCGAUCUCGGGAAGGGCGGCGGAUCUCGGCGGAUCUCGGCGGAUCUCGGCGGAUCUCGGGCUGUCAGGCGAUGAAGACGCUCUCGGCGGGCGGGAAGAUCUCGCACGCGUACCUCGGCAUCUCGAUGCUGUCUCUGACGCCCGAGGCGGCACGGCUCAACAACGCCGACCCAAACUCGAACGGAGCGUCCCUGACCACACCGUCAGGCGCCCUCGUCCUCGCCGUCGGGCCAGACACACCCGCCGCGAAGGCGGGAUUCCGAAAGUUCGACCUCAUCGUCGAGCUCGCCGGC